UUUUCUAGCUUUACCAUACCAUAAACAGCCUAGUUGAAAGCCCAAUUUCUCUUUUAUCUGUAACCUAGAGGCGUUGCUAUUCAGAAAACCGGCAAUGCAGCGAUAGUGGGGUGAUUCAUUCGUUUUUCUUUUGCAACAGGUUACCAGUCGCAGAGGAGAAAGAUCAUGUAUCUUCCUCAUGAAUUGAUCAUCCAAAUCUUACUGAGAUUGCCGGUAAAGUCUCUCAUACGUUUCAAGUCUGUUUGUAAGUUGUGGUUUUCUCUUAUUUCUCAUGAUCCUCACUUUGCUAAUUCACAUUUUCAACUUAACGCCGCAACACACAAACGUAGAAUUCUGUUUAUAUCAACUUCAGCUCCUAUAACUCGCUCUAUAGAUUUAGAAGCACCGCUUCACGAUGAACCUGCUUCUACUGCACUCAGCCCUAAUUUUAUAUUUAGCCUAUCUUACCUUGAAAUCAAAGGUUCAUGUAAUGGGUUUAUAUAUUUAAACUAUUUUGGAAACAUGUGCCUAUGGAAUCCAUCCACCGGAAUUCACGUACAAAUACCGUUGUCCCCUGUUAAUUCCAGUUGUUUCGGUUAUCUGGAUGGUUUUGGGUAUGACCACUCAACAGAUGACUACUUGAUUGUUUCAAUGUGCUAUAAUCCAGCCUUACCUCAUAUUUCAUCGCAUUUACAAUUUUUCUCAUUCAGAGCUAAUACAUGGAAAAAACUUGAGGCUACUUACUUCCCUUAUAUGAAUGCCUCUCACAAUCACAGAGUAGGGUCUCUCCUUGGCGGGGUUAUGCAUUGGUUGGCUUUUCGUCGUGAUAUACCAAUGAAUGUUAUUGUUGCCUUUGAUUUAACCGAAAGGAAACUUCUAGAGAUGUCUUUGCCUGAUGAUUUUAACACUGGUCCUAGCUAUUGUGAUUUGUGGGUAUUUGGAGAAUUUCUCAGCCUAUGGUCUAUGGGGAAAGAUAUUGUUGAAAUAUGGGUUAUGAAAGAAUACAAAGUCCGUUCGUCAUGGACUAUGACACUUGUUCUUCCAAUUCAUGCCAUUCCCACUCGUUACUUUUCCCCCAUAUGCUGUACAAACAGAGGUGAUAUUAUUGGAACCUAUGGUAGUACAGGAUUGGUGAAAUAUGAUGACAAAGGGCAGUUGCUAGAGCAUCUCUCCUAUGGUGUCGCUCAAUAUGGAUCCCAAGUGGCCGUGUAUGUAGAGUCACUGCUUUCACUCCCUGUCGACAGUUUGCAUUCAUAAAAAGAAGAUACAAGCAAAAAGAAUGAGGUCGUGAAAUAUUCUCCUUCACUAUUUUCUUAUUUAUAUUGUAUUAUGAACUCUAUGGUAGCUACAAAUACUGUGUUUCAAGAAAUUUAAUUUGGAUAUGUGUUUGAGGGCAUUUGUAAUAGGAGUCAGAAUGCCACCUAAGUUAUUGGUGAAACAUUUGUAAUAUGUUUAUUGAAAAUGUUGACAGUUUA